CUUGGAAAGGCAGCCAGAAUUGCUGUGUGUCUCAGCUUUCAACAAACAUGGGUGGAUUCCUAACAGGCCGUCAGUGUUCCAUGUGCACGGAGAAUCUAAAAGACCACAGUUUUUGGGACUUCUUUAGGACAUGGGUGAGAAAGUACUUUUGGCUCAUCCCUGUCAUUGUUAUUGUGCUUACUUUAUUGAUCAUUUACUGCUCGCGGGUCCCACCAGAGCUUGACUGCAAGUGCCCUAAAGACCAAGCCAAGCUGCUUCACAACAUCUCCCAACUGGAGGCGGAAAACCUGAGUCUGAGGAAGCAGCUGGCCAAGAUGGAAAAGGAGAUGCAGAAGCUCAAAAGUGUUAUAGGCCAGACUGGAAAAAAAACUUCGCAACUUUUGGCAAAGAAGCAAGAAGAAGCCGAUGCCCUGAGCAAGGAAUUGUCAGUUUCCAACCAGUCCCUUGUACUAACCAGACAGCUUCUGGAGAAGGAAAAGAAGAAAGCCCAAAGCUUGCAGAGUCAACUGGAGAAUGCUCAGAAGGAGCUCAGAGAUUCCUGUCAGAAACAUCUGAACACAUUGGAAGAAAAACUCAAGUCUUCAGAUAGUAAAGCUGAAGAAUACAAAGAUAAAAUAGCGAAGCUUCAGUUGCAGAUGGAAGAAGAACAGAGAAACCGAGAUAGGUUUACAAAGGAAAGCGCAGAACGGGAGAGCUAAAUGACCAAAUUGCAUGGCCGCAGCAGAAAGAGAGUUCCACACAAAAUAUCUUAGAAGAUUAUGGAUCCAUUGCGAUAUGGGCGUUUGUGAUUUUGGGCCUUCUCAUCUGCUGUGUCCAAUGUUGCUCGAAAGAGUGGUAGCAUUGCCAUUCAAGAAGGUCUUGGGAUAAACGACGGACACUGCUGCAGCUUGAAAACGAAGUACUCCUUCUUAUUUGCUCAUUUGAAAAAUAAAUGUCUUUGUCAAUUACUGAAUUUGUUUCCCGACAGAGAUAUAUUUAUGUAUCUUUUUUUAAAAAAAUAUUUCCUAACUAUUUUAAAGUUGUACUUUAAAAGUAUUAUGGUUGGUCACCCAGUCAGCCAGAUGUUUGGACUGUAUUUGCCAUUUUUAUCAACCUAUUAAGUCCUUCUCAAGGAUUUGGGAUAGGCAGAUGUGGAUGUCUUAUAGUGUUACAUCCUGAUUGUCGCAGGAUGUAAGAUGUUCUGAGAAAAGCUGUCUUUUGCAAUUGACCGAUGGUGAUUUUGUCAAUGCCAAUGGCGUUCAAGUGGUGCUCCAGCCAAACUCAGAGAGCACCAAGGACCCCUCAUUUCAACCCUGAACUACAAAUAUUCUCCUUUAAUGGUGCUCCAGGUGUUUUGGGAUUACAGCCAAAGUGCCUAUUGCUAAUAGUACUGCCUUUGUUUUCUUUUGCCACAGUUUCUCUAUUUCCAUUUGCAGGUCUUUGUAUUUUAUUAUCUUCUCCAGUUCUUUAUCUUCUAUUCUGCUAUCUCCAGGUACUGCCAUAUCCAUGAUCAGAACUUUUUUGUUUUUCUUAUGAACAAUUGUUAACUCUGACAUGUUAUGUGGCAGGUGCCUGUUUGAAUUCUUAAGUCCCAAAGCACUUUAGCUUCUUCGUUUUCUUUUAGUAUGAUUAUAAACACAAUAACAUGAAAUCACAGUUGCCAGUUCUUUAGCUGGCACAUGGAGUUCUUCUCAAGACCAAGAAGUCGUAAUGUAUUGGCAUAACAUACAUGUGGAUCAAAGCAGUGUGGCUUUUUGUAAUUGACAGAUGGAAAUUUUGUCAAUGCACAGAUGUUCUUGUUAUUAUUGUUAUCUAUAAUAUACUAAUAUUUCAUGUGAAAUAAAAACACAAUACAUACUUAUCUAUAUAACUGUGUCCUCAUCUUGAAGGCAGAUGCUUGUUGUCUAGGAACUUUCCACAAUAAAUCUCUAUUUAACCUUUUCCAAAUAUUUAAUAAUUUUGAAUUCUAGAGAUGAAUCAUUUGUAUCUUCGUGGACUACAAAACAGCAUAUACUAAAAUUGGAUUGGGUAUCCUGCCAAUGUUUAGUAUGAGCUAAGCUUCAUGAACAUGGUUUAAUUUGUUUGGGCACAACAUCUUCUGUGAACACUGUCAUUCUUUUAGGGUUAAGGAUGAUAUAUGAACCCUUCCUUUGGUGAAAGCGAUUUCUUUCCAUUUCCGUGGCUGUAUUUCUAAAUUACAGUUAUUAUAAUUAAUGGCAUGCAGGGAGAGUGUAUUUUGGCAAGCAAUUUUCCCAAUCCAAUGGGGCUUAUGCAUAAUUCACCCAUUGUGUGCUUAAUUAAUUCUUUAUGCUGCUCCAGUCAAGCUACCCGAAGUCAAACUAACAAUUUACAAUUUGUCCAUAUGGUAUUAGAGUUAAAACCUAUAAAAUGCAACAAAACUCCACAUUGUUCCUCUCAUCUCAUGACCUGGCACCAACUACUUCAUGAGCAGCUAUUGUCCUCUCUCUGUAGUCCUUCCAGAAGCCUCCCAACAUACUAACAUGGAUACCAAUAGCAAUACUGGGUAGGACUUAGACAUAAUGCUUUACAGCACUUAUGAGUGAUUUACAAAUGUCAGCAUAUUGCCCCCAACAAUCUGAGUCCUCAUUUUACCAAGAAGAUGGUGUCCAGAGGAAGGGCACCAUCACCAAAAGAGUUCAGCCCCAAAUCCUGGGUGUUGUCAUUUACUUAAAGUAGGGACUUGUAGCACGUCUGCCUUCCUGAAUCACACUGGCUAGGCAGAUUCCUUAAAAGGAAACCAGGCCUCCAAAGAACACGAUGGCUGCACACCAUCAAAGCUGACACCAGCCAAAGCAUAAAAAAACUCAAAGAAGUAGUGCAAGAGUAGAAGAUACGGUGUUGACCCGGAAUCAGGAGAAAGCAUAGAUUGUGAAUACGUGUGGAUGACCCUGCUAUCUCUGGGUACUUGCAGAGUCAUGGAAGGUCACCCAGGAAAACACCCAAUGUCCCAAGUCACCCGAGAACAUGCAGUGUCUUUAGAGAAACACACAAAAAGAACAUCUUUAGCUAUUUCUGCUUCCUCUUACCUUAUCUAUGGUGUGCUAGACUUUCUGGGUGAAUUCUUAAUCUUAUGUGUGCCAGCUUUGCUGGGUGAAUUGUUUAUGUAAUCAAAAAGUAUAAAUGUAAUGAUUUCUUGUCAUUUGGGGCUUCCUCUCUUUUAGAGGGGCCCGUCUUUGUUCAGCUGAAU